AUGGACUCCAGGCGGGCAACGGUGCUGCUGCUGGCGCUGCUGGUCCUGGCAGACCCCGGCCUCGGCACCGGCGCCCCAGGCCCCGGGGGCUGGCAGGAAGGAGACGGCAUCCUCCAGGAGGAAGACGCCGGGCCCCGCCCGCCACAGGAUGCCCAGACCGCAGGGUCACUCUUCCGCGCCCUGCUGCAGGCCAUGCAGAGGCCGGGCCGGAGCUCGGCGUUCCUGUUUCAGCCCCAGAGGUUCGGCAGAAACGCCCCGCGCUCCUGGAGCAAUGAAAGGCUGAGCCCCCGCGCUGGGGAGGGCCCCAGCUCCCUGUUCUGGAACCUGGCUGCCCCUCAACGCUUUGGGAAGAAGUGACGUCAUCUCCAGCGCCUGCAUGCGAGGCCCACCCUCAGCAGGGCCAUGUCUCCCCCAAAUAAAGCUGUCUGCCUGCUGAG